AUGAAGUAUGGAGAGGUGGUAGAGAGAGUGGCUGGGAUUUCACAUUUGAGAGAGAUAAAAGAGUUGAGGUUACCGGAGACAAAGGAAAAGGAAACGGAGAAGAAGGAGAGAAAACAGAGAAAAGAGAAAAAGGAGAGAAAACAGAAGAAGAAGAGAAAGGAACAGAAGGAGAGAAAACAGAGAAAAGAGAGAAAGGAGAAGAAGGAGAGAAAACAGACAAAGGAGAGAAAGAAUAAGAAGGAGAGAAAACAGAAGAAGAAGAGAAAGGAGAAGAAGGAGAGAAAACAGAGAAAGGAACAGAAGAAGAAGAGAAAGGAGAAGAAGGAGAGAAAACAGAGAAAGAAACAGAAGAAGGAGAGAAAACAGAGAAAGAAACAGAAGAAGAAGAGAAAUGAGAGAAAGAAGAAGAAGAAGAAGAAGAAGAAGAAGAAGAAGAAGAGAAAUGAGAGAAUGGAGAAGAGGAUGUUAUUGCUUAUGGAGAAGAAGCCAUAUGUGUUCAAGAGACCACCAUAUACAGCAGAUGGGAAAAGGAGAACCACGAGGAACGCAACUGCGAAAGAGGAUGAAGGAGCUGUGAAAGCGGGUGGAUCUAAGAAAGCGGUUGGGACGAAAAGGAAAAAGACCGAGGAUGGAGUAGCACGCAAGAAGACAAAGAAUUAG